AUGGCCGCGGAGUGGGCGGAAGCCGUGACCACAUCCGAAGUCCGCGAAUUUUUUAACUGCGAGGACGACCCAGUUCGCAACUACUUCGGCUUUAGGCAGUAUGCAUGCUCCACCUCCUUCUUCGUCGGGGACAACCCCCCCCUCCCUAGUUGGGUUGGGUACGUUAUCAUUCUCGGAUUUGGCCUAAUGUUCGGUCUUUUCACUGUUGGUCUUGUCUACCUUGAACAGUUCCUCACUGGACGCAAAAUGGACUCGGAAAUGUUCAACACCGCCGGAAGAACCAUCAAGACUGGUCUCACAGCUUCAGUUCUUGUUUCACAAUGGACUUGGGCGGCCACACUCCUCCAAUCAUCCAAUGUGGCAUUCAGGUUUGGGGUCUCUGGUCCAUUCUGGUAUGCGGCUGGGGCAACAAUUCAGAUCUUACUCUUUUCCUGUCUUGCUGUACUGGUCAAGCGUCGCGCGCCGUCUUGCCAUACGUUUUUGGAAAUUGUCCGGGCUCGUUGGGGUACCGUUGCCCACAUUGUCUUCGUUGUGUUUGCUUUCCUCACGAACGUUAUUGUUACAUCCAUGCUUAUUCUUGGUGGUUCCGCGACAGUCACUGCACUUACCGGAAUUGACACAGAUCUGGCUUCCUUCUUGAUCCCGCUUGGCGUCAUCGUGUAUACCCUUGCUGGUGGCUUGAAAGCUACAUUUAUCGCAUCCUACUUCAAUACUGCUGUCAUUUUGAUCGCCUUGUGCAUUUUUAUCUUUCAGGUUUAUGUGACCAGUCCGGAUCUUGGGUCGCCCGCAGUAGUGUGGGAGAAGCUGAAUUCUUUCGUAAAGGUGGAGCCGGUCGAAUCAAAUUUCCAAGGUUCAUACCUGACCAUCUUAUCACGGGGAGGUCUCUUUUUUGGCCUCACCAACAUUGUCGGCAACUUUGGAACCGUAUUCGUGGAUCAAGCUUAUUGGCAGUCUGCAAUUGCUUCGACUCCGUCUGCCUCGUGGAAAGGGUAUAUGCUUGGUGGGUUGUGUUGGUUUGCGAUCCCGUUCUCCCUGGCAACAUCUCUUGGGCUUGCCGCCACGGCACUCGCGUUGCCCAUCACCGAGGACGAGGCAGGUUCUGGUCUUGUGCCCCCAGCUGUCGCUCAACACUUGAUGGGAGAUGGCGGCGCUGCACUCAUUCUGAUUAUGCUUUUCAUGGCAGUGACAUCAACCGGAGCUGCAGAGCAAAUUGCGGUUUCUUCAUUGGUUGCGUAUGAUGUUUAUCGUACAUACAUCAACAGGAACGCAACUGGCAAACAGAUCAUUUUCAUUUCCCGUAUUGUCAUUGGGGCUUUCGGAUUGCUCUCUGGCGUACUUGGUAUCGUACUCAACAAGAUUGGGGUCAACCUAGGCUGGCUCUACUUGUUCAUGGGAGUGGUGAUCGGAUCUGCCGUCGCACCUGUGGCGUUUUCUAUCACAUGGAAAAGGUGUUCGGGCACCGCAGCUGUGUCCGGCGCUGUCAUUGGAAUGAUUCUAGGUUUGACUUCAUGGCUGACCUACGGUGCCCUGAGAGAAGGGGGUCUUACAAUUGACAAUCUGGGCAAGGAUGAGGUGAUGCUCACCGGGAAUCUGGUUUCAAUUCUAAGCUCACUAGUGAUUUGUGUGGUGGUAUCCCUAAUCAAACCGGACGAUUGUGACUGGAGCGCGACGCGUUCUAUUGCACUAAUCGAAGAUGAUAAGAACGCACAUCUCUCCGAAGAGACCGAAGAGGAUUUAAAGAGAGCAUCGAAGAUUAUCGGGUGGACAGCAAUUCUGCUAACAUUUGUACUUGUCGUUGCUUGGCCGGUGCUUACAAUUCCAGCCAAGGCUUUCAACAAGGGUUAUUUCACAUUCUGGGUGGUGCUUUCGUUUAUCUGGGGUAUACUUGCGACGGCAGCCAUGGUUAUUAUCCCCGUAUGGGAGAGUCGGUCCGUGUUUGCACGUAUUUUCGGUGGCAAGAAGACGGAAUUGGGGAAGAUACCAGAGCUCACGGUCGAGGGAAGCGAGUAAGUGGAGAGAAGAGCGUGAAAUGGGGUGUUUUGAACUGGAGAAUGAAGAUGCGAGUGCACAUAUUUGUGUUGACCCUUUUUCCGUAUUUGCUUGGACGGCGACGGGGAUUUCGCUGUCCAUCCACCAAGAGAAAACCGAAUAAUAAUGGAUGCGUGGUGUCGAAGAAAGACCUAGUCCAUUAGUGUAUUAUUAUCAUGCGUAAACUGUUUGACAGAAA